UGCUGGGCCAGCAGCUUGGGGAGCCUCGAAGCGCAGCGCGGCCGAGCGGGGAGCGCAACCAGCGGCCGGGCAUGAGCCAGCGACCCAGCGGGCCCUGAGCGCACGAGGCCCGGCCCCCGGGGGAUCCGCGCGCCCAGGUUCGGGGGACCCCCCUCCCGGAGACUCCCCCCAGGAGACAUCGCCCCCCCCCCCCCGGCACCCGCUCGCUCAGGGAGGAAGAUCCCGGCCCGGGGGGGCCGCUGUGAGUUCCCCACGCGUGUCGUGACAGCGGCGUCAUGAGCGGGUCCUUCGCCCCGGCCCCGGCCCCGGCCCCCGCGGCUUGGAAACUCCUGCUGCUCUGCCUCGCAGCCUCCGGGUCCCUGGCAGGGGUGCUGGAAAUGGAGCGCAGCGUCACGGCGGUGCUGGGCAAGGACGUCGUGCUGCCAUGCCGCUACCGGGCUCAGGAGGGCGAGAAGGUGGUGCAGGUGACGUGGCUGAAGCAGGGCGCCGAGGGGCAGAAUGUGGAGAUCGCCGUGCUGAACCUGGAGUAUGGGGAGCACAUCCAGGAGCCCUACGCGGGACGGGUGCUGCGACAGGCGCCGGGGCCGCUGGAGGACGGCGCCAUCGUGCUGAAGAAUGCCGUGCAGGCCGACGAGGGCGCCUACGAAUGCCACCUCAUCACCUUCCCCUCGGGCAAUUUCGAGGGCAGCAUGACGCUCAGCGUGCUGGUGCCCCCGCUGCCGACCCUGAACCCCGGCCCCCCGCUGGAGGAAGGGCAGGGGAGGACGCUGGCCGCCUCCUGCACGGCCGAGGGCAACCCCAUGCCCACAGUGACCUGGGAGGCGCAGGUGCGUGGCACCAACAGCACCCGCCACUCCUCGCACCCCCGCUCAGCCUCCGUCACCAGCGAGUUCUUCCUGGUGCCUGGGCGCAGCAUGAACGGCAAGACGCUCACCUGCGUCGUCAGCCACCCGGGGCUGCCGCACGAGAAGAGGAUCACCCACGUGCUGAGCGUCGCCUAUCUCUCGGACGCCUCAGUGCGAGGGCACGAGGAGGAGGAGGACUGGCAGGCGGGCAAGGAGGGUGUCUCGCUGAAGUGCCUCGGCGAGGGCAACCCCCCACCCACCUACAACUGGACCCGGCUCAACGGCCCCAUGCCCGAAGGAGUGAAGGUCAAGGGCGCCACCCUCCUCUUCCAGAGACCCCUCACCCCCGACGACACUGGCGUCUACAUCUGCCAGGUCGCCAACAGAUUUGCAGCCAAGGAGGUUCGGGCCAGCAUCAGCAUAAAAGAGAAUAAGCUGCAGAAGGUGAACGUGGUCUCAGCCUCGGUGGUGGUGGUGGGCGUCAUUGCGGCCGUGCUGCUCUGCGUGCUGGUCCUGGUUGUCGUGUUCAUGACCCUCUACCACCGACGGAAAACCAGGCGCAUCUCCGAGAAAUACGAGGAGGAGCUGACCAUAACGAGGGAGAAUUCCAUCCGGCGCCUGUACUCCAGCCACAGCACCAGCACCCGGAACCAGACAGAGGAAACCCUGCACCUGCGGGGGGACAGCCGGCAGGGAAGCCUGCGGGGAGACAGCCUGCGUGGCACCAGCAUCUGCUCCGUCAUGAGCGAGGAGGCAGAGGGGCGCAGCUACUCCACCCUGUCAACGGUGCGGGAGAUUGAAACGCAGACGGAGCAGCCCGCGGCCCCGGAGGAGGAGAAGGAGAAAGAGAGGGAGGAGGAAGAGGAGGAGGAGGAGCGGGAGGAAAACACCAUCAAAGCAGCCAUGACCCACUUUGUACAGGAGAACGGCACACUGCGGGCCAAGCCCACUACCAACGGCAUCUACAUCAACGGGCGGGGCCACCUGGUGUGAGCCCGGGGCCACGGGCACAGACUGGCCUGGUGCCGCGCAGGGCCGGGCCCUGGACACACAGAUGCCUCCUGCAACCUGCCAGCCCCUCCCGCUGGGACUGACCCACUAAGCCCUCUGGGCCUCUGGCCAGUUGGGGGGUCCCCUGCCCCCGCAUUGGUCCUUGCUUCCUGCAACAGCCUCCUAGCUUUUCUGCAUGGGAUGUUUCCUGCCCGGCUGGCCCCGAGGGCCCCAUGCUGCUCACAAAUCAGCUCCUCCCUCCGACCCCCGCCGCAGUGGGGCUGGAGAAUGUGGUACGUGCCUACCCUGUCCUGUCUAUCCCCAGAGGCAGGACGAGCCAGGAAGUGGCUCUGACGACUCAGGGAGCUGCCUACAUCCUAACUGGGGGUAACAACUGUUGGGUCAGAGGUGGGGAGGGCACUUCACGCUGCCUCCUGUAGGGGGCACUGUCAGAGCCAUUGCAUCUGGCCCAGGUGGCGCUCGGAGCCACGCCCCCAGCACGGUGCGAGGGUGGGACCCCAGCCCUCUGUCGAGUCUGUCCUCUGGGCGACCCCAGGGACAGGCCCUCCCCGGAGAGCCCCCGGCUUCCUGUGCCAUUCCCGGGAUGUCUCUGCGCUCUGUGGUGCCCACCAGUGGCCGCGGGCGGACUAGCGUCAAGGGCAAGUGAGCGCGGAGACACACCAGCAGGGGCACUUGGGGGGACACUUGGGGGUGAGGGAAUCGGCGCCACCUGCUGGGCAAGAGGAACCCAAGCGCCUGCCUCAGCCCCAUGCACACAGCCUGCCCCUUGGGGCUUCGCAUCUUGGCAAGGCAGGGGUGCGGCACCCCUGUGGCCGGGCUGCAAUGAACACUGGGGUGUGAGAAGGUCUGGACCAAGACUGAGGGACACAGACAGACCCUGUGGGUCUCUCCGCCCUCUAGAUCCCAGCCUGGGUCCCACAGCUACAGACGGGGCUGCUCAGAACACCGGAGAGCGCUGCCCCCCUGGCCUCACCGGCUCCCCAACGCCACGGGGCCCGGCCCCAGGAGCUAAUCUGGGCCCAGCCGGGGUUCAGGGGCACUCACCCUGGGUGGUUUAAUGGAGGUAAAACUCCUCUGGUCCUGGGGCAAUUGGGAUCCUGGUGUGGGGAGCGGGGCUCUGAGGGUCUCCAAAUACUUUGGGAGGGUUGAAGUUCACGAAAGGUUUUUUUCCUGGUUGUUUAAAGCCAUGGGGCUUUUCCCUCCCCCACCUCAGUGUAAUGCACAAGUAUUUUAAACCCUUGGGUUUCUAGUUAAAGGGGCAGCCAUGUCGGGGGCCCCAGCCCACACAGCUGAGCCCCACCCUGGGUGCCCGGUCAGGAGCAGGGAUUGAACUGGGGAUCUGCAGAGCUAACAGGCUGAGUGUGAACCAAAAGGUGAAGACCCCUGAGCAGCAGGCACUGCAUGACCGGGCCCAGCAGCUGGAUGUGGGUGACGCCCGCUGGGUUACAGAGCUGGGCUGGGUUUGAUUCUUUCCCUGGGGUUUCUCUCCUUGGCAGAGUACAAACAGGCUGAGUGGGACCCCAGCGGGACCCCAGCAGGGUUGAACCUGGGCCCAGCGCAUUCUCCCAGUCCCGGUCCACACAGCCCCAUGGCCAGAUCAUCAUGCCCCCCGGUCACGCUCUCCUCUGUGCCCACGCAGGGUGUUGGCAUUGGCAGAGCAGCUGGGGUUGAACCCUGAGGGCUGUUCCUGCCCAGAAAUGGUCUUGUUCCUGCUGGGAUAGGGGCCUGUUUGCAGAUCCAACACUCACCAGAGGGUGAAGUUUUGGCAGGAGGGAGGAGUUGGGCCAUUUGUCUAAAUCGUUAACAGAACAGCGGCCCAGUGACCCUUCAGCGGAUGCUGGGCCACGGUUCCCCCAAGGUGGGCGCACCCUGCUCCCCUCGGAGUCAGUAGCAAACCUCUCCUGGGCUGCAAGCCCUCUCCCCCAUCUGGUCAUUGGCAAAGAGGCCGGUUCAUCCCCACGGGACGCUGAUGCUGCAGGUCUGCACAGGAGGGCAACUCGUGGCUCCACGGAGGGACCAACCAGAGCCUUGCCAUUGACACCCCCCUUGCUCCCCAGGGCUUUGGAUCAGGCUCUGUGUCCUCUUUGCCCCACGUCCGAUAUUUUGGGGAGGGCCCCUCCAGAGCAGACCGCCCCUCCCCCCCCGACAGCGGGAGAGCACAUCUGCCCCGGAGGAGUGGCUGGGCUUAGCGUCAGGCUGGGUGGAACCUCCCGCAGUGUGAAAUCCAUGGAGGGGUGCCGGGGACGGAUUUGGAUCCUGGUCCCUGGGGGCGGGGGGUACCCGGAAUCAGACCAAGAAUACGCCAGGCCCAGUCUCGCCUGGUGCGGAAUGCUGCUGCCCCCUGGUGGUGCUAUUUAUAACGUUUCUAUGUAUGGGUUAUUUCUAUGUUUUGCUGCCCCUCCAUGGGCCACUCUCAGGGCAAGAAAGACCUAGAGUGGUGAAGUCUAAAGCAAUGAGCGUUGGCCUAACCCAGCUCUGAAGUAAAGCCCCCGCAGGGGUGGAUUGAGGGCUCCAAGAAAGUCCCGCUUGGAACGCAGCUAAUGCUCCCAAUCCGCCUGGCCAGCAGGAAGAGGGGCCGGGGCUGUGCCCUGGGGGAUCUGAGUGAGAUGGGAAAGUGGAGGAGUAGGGACGGGGCUUUUCCACGGUGUAGAUACAGAGGGUUUGCUGCCUUGGCUCAGAGCCCUGGCCUGUCUCAUCCCGUCUCCUCACCCCCUGUGAGAUUGGAUCAGCCCAUGGGUUCUUCUAGGCCCCAAUCCAAAGCCCACCGACGUACUGGGCAUUCUUUCCAUUGACUUCUGGGGACUAUUGGCGCAGAAUCCAUGCCAGCAUCCAACCUCCACCCAUGGGCCAAUACAUGAUCCUUCAGUAAAGACAAGCCCUGGGCAUGUAGCCAGCUGUGCCAUGCCUCCGGACCCUGCUGUCUGGCACCCCAAAGCGGUGAGAGUGUCUUACUUCAAAUUGCCUUGGGAAAGGAAUUAAACCAGGUUGAAAAAAAAUCCCAAAGGCGCAAUUUGGAUUCCUGUCUCCAAAGCCACCAGCGGCAGAGAUGCACAGACAGGCUGCCUGCCUGCACCCUAGCCAGGGGUAGCAACUCUCUGAGCAUGGUUUUGCCUGGCAGAGAAGGAAAUGUCCAUCUCCCAAGUGUUACACUGGGCACAAGCCCAGGUUGAUUUCAGAGGGGCAAUUGUGUUGCAUUUUUGAUUCUGAGGGGUUUGGGGGUAGGCUCUGGAGUUAGCGGCGGGGAUUCCCUGUCCUGUGUAUGUUCUGUAAAUGUGUGUGUAUAUAGAGCUCCCUAUCUAUGUGUAUAUAGAUGUAUAUGCCUGUUCUUUUUGUUAUAUGUACUGCUGGUUUUGUAAAUAAAUUCCCCAUUUGGCA